CUGUCGCUGUCGAGAAAAAAUAUAAAUAUUUCGAGAAAAAAGGGGAAAAAAAGAAAGCCCCAUUCCCAAAUUCCUUUCAUUAAAUUCUCAGAUAGAGAGAUAGUGAAGCAACUUAGAUCGUAAUCGAUCGAUCGACUUAUCAAGAUCUGUGGAAUUCGGCGGACUCUGAUAUCUGAAUGCUGAUAGGUCGAAUCAUCUGCUGAUUCGAGCUGAUCGCGGGUGGAAUCGGUCGAAUCUCAGCUCGGAAUCGAUUCGGUUGCCCUAAUUUUGUGGGAUUGAGGGUUUUGGAUCGGGGAUUUGGGGGGAAAAACCUCAUCGAUGCCGGAUCAUGGAGAGUUUCAGAACAAUGUGGUGUCGAGUUCGUCCAAUGGCGCGGCGCCGGAGAACCUCGAAGACGCUAUCUGGAGGUUGAAAGUUGAGGAUAGCAAGCAGGAGGGUUUGGAUGGUAAUCAAAACCUGUACCCGGAUCGCCCCGGAGCGCCCGAUUGCAUAUACUAUUUGAGGACAGGGCUUUGUGGAUAUGGAAGUAACUGUCGUUAUAAUCACCCAACUUAUAACGGGCAGGGAACUCAGGAUAGAGCGGAACUGCCCGAAAGAGUCGGGCAACCUGAUUGCCAGUACUUUUUGAAGACAGGAACAUGCAAAUUUGGAGCAACAUGCAAAUAUCAUCAUCCACGAGAUAGACAUGAUGUACGACCUGCUUCAUUGAACAUUCUUGGGUUGCCAAUGCGACAGGAUGAAAAGUCAUGUCCAUAUUACAUGAGAACUGGAUCUUGCAAAUUCGGAUUUGCCUGCAAAUUCAACCAUCCACAGCCUGCCACACUUGGACCUGUGUUUCCUGUGACACCACCAUCUGCCUAUGGUCCAACGGGAUCUUCUGUUGCACCUCCAUCAAGUCUUCCCGUAAUUGGAGGUCUUUCAGCAUGGCCUUCAGCACGACCUUACUUAACUAGUCCAAGAAUGCAGGGCCUUCCAGCUUAUAUGCCUGUUGUUCUUCCAUCCUCACAGGGUGCUAUGUCGAUGCAGCAGGGUUGGACCGCUUACACGGGCUCUGCAAGCCAAUUUCCAUCAACUGAUUCCUUUGGGCCUACACAGGUACCCAACCCCAAGCUUCAUGCGCAGUCAGCUUCCAGCACUGCAAUAAAUCUCCCAGAGAGGCCAGAUCAGCCUGAAUGCCAGUAUUACAUGAAAACUGGUAUUUGCAAAUACGGAACAACUUGCAAGUAUCAUCAUCCGAAAGAGCGCUGGUCAGAAAGUCCACCUACUCUUGGACCCCUGGGGCUUCCUUUGAGACCAGGUCAUCCUGCCUGCACAUCCUACAGCUUGUAUGGAAGCUGCAGGUUUGGUGCAGCUUGCAAAUACGAUCACCCUCUGAUGGGAUUCUAUAACUAUGCCAUGCCUACAUACUCGGUUCCAGACCCAUCGGCUCUUUUUCCUCCUAACCAUAGUAAUUCACCACAAGUGACAUGGGCGUCAGCAUCCGAGGCUUCUUUCUCCAAAACACUGAGGUUACCUGAUCGACUCCAGAAAUCUGAUGAGAAAAACAACAAGGAAGCAAAUGCCACCUCCCAUGACAAUAAUGACCGUGUCAAUGAUCCACCUCCUACACAAAAGACAUCACCAUCAACAGAUAACGCACCUUCUACAGAUUCCACAGAGAAUACACAAAAUCACUCCGAUUAAUGAUUCAUUUCCUCAUUUUCCAUACGUUUCGGGGCUGUUUCCUGAAUGGAAAUUUUGGCGCUGCCUCUAGACCCAUCCUUGUUUUUUGUCUGCGGCUAAAUAUAUUUAUUUGGUGCUAGAUGGGCAGUUGAAUGCAAGUUACAUAGUUUUCUUGGGUUAGGCCGUCUCUUUAUGUCUUUCGCGGUGAAUAAAUUGUCAGUCGCUGUUAUAUUAUACAUCAGAUUUGUUUAUGUUGCUUCUGAAAAGGAUUCAAAACUUUUGAAGUGGAUAAUGUUAUACAUGGAGGCUUGUCGAAAUAAUGCGGUUAACUCUGGGAAUCAUCUCUUGUCGCUAUAAGAUUACAGUUCCAAGA